AUGGGCGGAUUCGUCAUCGCCGAGUCCCAGGGCGGUCUCGACGACGACGCGCUCGCCGCGAUGAUGGAGGCGGUCGAGGCGAGGACCGCGGCGGCGGCGGCGGGCGGGGCGAGCGACGGCGCGUCGGGCGGAGCUGCUGCCGACGUCGUCGCCGUCGACGACGACGACGACGUCGCCGCGCCGGCGACCGCGACGCAGCAGGCGACGCAGGCGCUCGCGACGCAGGACAUCGCGGGAGACCUCCGCGUGGACGAGCGCGACGGCGGCGGCGGCGGCGACGGCGACGGGACGGACGCGCGCGACGGCGGAGGACCGGCGCGGCGUCGUCGUGGACUCGCGUCCGCGGACGGUCGGCACCACAACCCGGACAGCACGACGUCCGCGCGGCCGCCGGUGCUCGCGGAGGGCGAUGACGACGAGAAUGACGAUAAGGUAACGCUCAGGGCGUGUCCGUUACCGCCCGCGUCGCGGUCGAGCCCGGCGGACGACGCGAACGCGGCGCCGACGCCGACGACGGAAACGCAACCGACGCAGCCGUUUCUCGGGUACGACACGCAGCAGCUCACGGAAAGGCCCGUGAUGAGCGUCCGUCCGGUGAACGACCCGCGGCAAGGGACGCUGACGCAGGCGCCGUUCUUCGAGAGGGCGAAGAAACCUCCUCCGGGCGGGACGGGUCGUCGGCGGAUGCCGGCGACGGGCGAAGGCGGCGAAGUCCCGUCCCCGCGCGCGAACGACAACGCGCGGCAAAAAGACGGCGCGAUGGCGAACGGCGGCGACGACAGCCCCGGGAUACUCGCGCGCUCGAAACCGUCGUCGACGACCGACGAAGCGGAGGAGGACGCGAUCCCGACGUGGGCGCUCGAGGCGCUUGAGGCGUCCUCAGGUGCGUUCUAUACAAAAGUUUUUCACCCACCGCACCGCUCGGUUUCAACAUUUGAUCGCUCCCCCUUUCAACUGAUGACCCUUCCGUUGAACUGUUUUUGUUUUUUGGAAUGGCCCUCAGACGUCGUCGUCGCGGACCUGGACGUCCGCGAGCUCGCCGACGGCAGAUACGAACCGUCGGUAUUCGAAGCGUCGCACGCGGACGGGCAUCAGUUCCUCGCGCUGUACGUGCGAACGGAGUCGGGCGCGCGCGUCAGGUUGGACGGCGCGAGGGAGCGCGCGCUCGCGGUGACGCGAAGCGGGGACGUCGUCCGCGUCCUCGGAUUCGUGUUCCGCAAGGAAUUUUUGGAAAAGGCGUCCACCGUCGACGACCCCGCCGACGCGCGCGUCGUCGUUCGAUGGGAGAUGCGCGGGGUCCGGCUCCGCACCGCGAAGGAGGUCCCGGUGCUUCGCGCGGAGGCGGAGAGGUUCGACGCGGACGAGUACUUCGUCCCGAUGCGUCACGAAGAGCGAGGGGAACGAUCGCACAAGGGCGACGGCGAGGAGGGGACGGAGCCGCUCGUAGAGACGUUCGACGUGUCCGACGUCGUCGGCGUCGCGACGCCGACGACGCCGCGCUGUUGCGACGAUUCGAAUCCCGAUCGUCGCGACGGUUCGUAUUUUACGUGGUCGCAGGGCGUCGCCGACGAGAGGACGACGACCACGAUACGCGCGCGGUUCGCGUACUUCCACGACCCCGGGCCGUCGCAGUGGACGUUUUUCGGGUUCGUCGACGGAGGCGCGAGAGAGGCGCGGAACGAUCGACAGGUGCCCGUCGUCGAGCUCUUAUGCGGCUGCGGCGGGACGUCCGAGGGGUUGCGAAGGAGCGUCGUUCCGGGAACGACGACGCCGCGCGGCGCGCGCGGGAAACGACGUCGAGACGCGGGAAACGGCGGCGGCAGCUCGGACGAUGAAACGGAACCCGCGGGGGAGUUACGACCCGUCAAACGCAGACGACUGCUCCCCGCGUUUGGACUCGACGCGAACCCCAACGCGGUGAACACGUUCAACAAAAACUUCAAAUCUCGGUACCCGAACUGCGUCGCGCGCGUGGCCACGAUGGAGUGGUUCCUAGAGAAGCUCACCGCGGGCGCGGACGGCGGCGUGAGCGACGAGGCGCGUUCUAUACACUGGUUCCCAUACGACCGCGUUUGCGUGGUGAACGCCGAUCCUUAA